CGAAGAAAGAAACUGGGGACGCGCACUCGUGGACGCGCUUUGACACUAAAUCCGCUACAUUACUGAACCCUUACCAUGCCAGGGACCAGAGGACUGUUUUGGUCCCGUUAUAGGCUUUAAAACCUUCUGAUCAAGGAAUAUCGUCGCCUUUUUAUUCACCAACACGGGAUAUACUCUUUCGUGGAAUUGACCUGUUUUUAAGGACGUUUUCUUAUUUUCUUUUUGUUUAGGAAAAGCCCCGCAGGGUAGUCGGGCCAGUAGUAGGUCGCCAGGAGUUGGGACAACAGCGAGCUUUAAGCGCUACUUUGCAUUAAAAUAAAAGUCGCAAUGAGAGAUUUCCUUUAGUUUUUUUGGCAUGUCUAGGUUAACCUCAGAUUUUUAGGGGUUAACAAUGAGAUUUUUUUUUACGGAUUGUGCGUUUUACGAAGUGGUCCGAAACGUGUCUAAGGCUAAGCUAGUUUUUAUUUUGUUUAGUCGCACAGCAGGGGGGAGCAAACCAUUUUAGUGACUGGCUAGUUUUCAUCCAAUUUUAUAGUUUUAUGUGUUAAAACUGACUUUUUUUGUUACCUCAGUGGUUGGAUGACUCAUUAUUCAGGAUGUCAUUCUUUAAUUUCCGUAAAAUAUUUAAAUUAGGGGCUGAUAAAAAGAAGAAACAGUAUGAAAACGUGCGCAGGGAUGAGAACCCAGAGGAGACGUGGGAGAUCAUCGGAGAAUUGGGAGAUGGAGCUUUUGGGAAAGUCUUCAAGGCUCAAAAUAAACAGACCGGCAUUCUGGCUGCAGCCAAAGUCAUUGACACCAAAAGCGAGGAGGAGCUGGAGGACUACAUGGUGGAAAUCGACAUCCUGGCCUCCUGUGAUCACGACAACAUUGUCAAACUGCUGGAUGCUUUCUACUAUGAGAACAAACUCUGGAUCCUCAUCGAGUUCUGUGCAGGAGGGGCUGUUGAUGCUGUCAUGCUAGAGCUGGAGAGACCCCUGACUGAGCCCCAGAUCCGAGUGGUUUGUAAGCAGACGCUCCAGGCUCUGGUUUACCUCCACGAAAACAAGAUCAUUCACAGAGACCUGAAAGCUGGGAACAUCCUCUUCACCAUGGACGGCCAAGUCAAACUGGCUGACUUCGGAGUGUCUGCCAAAAACACCAAAACACUACAGAGAAGAGAUUCCUUCAUAGGAACGCCCUACUGGAUGGCUCCAGAGGUGGUUAUGUGUGAGACAUCUAAGGACCGUCCAUACGACUAUAAGGCCGAUAUCUGGUCUUUGGGUGUGACCCUGAUUGAACUGGCCCAGGUCGAGCCCCCAAACCACGAGAUGAAUCCCAUGAGAGUUCUGCUGAAGAUCGCCAAAGCAGACCCUCCCACCCUCAUGCAGCCCUCCAGAUGGUCCCCAGAGUUCAGUGAUUUUCUUCGACGAUGUCUUGACAAGAAUGUAGACAACAGGUGGACCGCUGCACAGCUUCUACAGCAUUCAUUUGUGUCAAGCCUGGUGGAUAAUCGGCCGCUUCGGGAGCUGAUUGCUGAAGCCAAGGCCGAGGUCACCGAGGAGAUCGAAGAGCACAAAGAGGAGGAAGAGGAGGAGGAGCCAGAGCCACAGCUCGGUCACAAACGUGCUCCAUCAGACGUCAGCGUUGCCAGUUCAGAGGAUGAGAAAAUCCCUCUAUCUCCCACCAGUUUGGAGUCUGUCCCGGAGAACAUGGAGCCUCUUACCCCCGUCACCCCCAUCACCCCUCUUAGCCCCAUUACCCCUCUUAGCCCCAUUACCCCUCUUACCCCCCUGCCUACGCCUGAUGCCCUGCCUGUGGCCAACCAUGUGGAUGAGCCUGCUUCCCCUGUGGUGGAGGAGCAGAAGGAAGAAAUUACAGACACUCCAGUUGAAGAGGUGGAGGUACAAGAAGAAGUAACACCUACAGAUACAGAGGAGGACAUUGCAAAGACAGAACCCAAUGCCCCUGUAAAAGAAAUGGAACAACUGGAGUUAAGUGUCGACGAUGAGAAGGAGGUCGACACUGCAGAGGUUCUAGAGACCACAACGGACAGUUCAGAGGCAAUCCAAACACCACAGGAAGACAAGAUGGAAGCUGCACAAGAGCCAGUAUCUCCAGCAGAGGCAGAAGAAGAGGAGGAUGAGGAGCGGUACAAACAUCUGAAAGUUACCGUCACGCUGCCAGAACAAGUCGCUUCAAACGAAGAGAAUGGAGAGAAGGCGGCAGAGAAGGAGGGAGCUAAAAAUGAGAAGGAGUCUACAGUGGAUAACAGCAGUGUGGACCUUAACCUGUCUAUUUCAAGCUUUCUGUCCAAAACUAAAGACCCGACAUCAGUGUCUAUACAGGAGACAAGACGUCAAAGGAAGACACUGAAGAAAACGCGUAAGUUCAUGGUGGAUGGAGUUGAAGUCAGCGUCACCACCUCAAAGAUUGUCACGGACAACGACACGAAGAAUGAGGAGAUGAGGUUCCUGAGGCGUCAGGAGCUGAGGGAGCUGCGUCUGCUGCAGAAGGAGGAGCAAAGAGCCCAGCAGCAGCUCAGCAACAAACUCCAGCAACAAAAGGAGCAGAUCUACAGACGUUUUGAGCAAGAAACUACAGGUAAGAAGCGUCAGUACGACCAGGAGGUGGAGAAUCUGGAGAGGCAGCAGAAGCAGACCAUUGAGAGACUGGAGCAGGAACACACCACACGACUGAGGGACGAAGCCAAACGCAUCAAAGCCGAGCAGGACAAGGAGCUAUCCAAGUACCAGAACAUGCUCAAGAAUCGCAAGAAGGAGGAGCAAGAGUUUCUCCAGAAGCAACAGCAGGAUCUGGACAGUGCUCUGAAGAAGAUCAUUCAACAGCACAAACAUGAGCUGGCCACCAUCGAGAGGGACUGUCUCAACCACAAACAGCAGCUACUCCGAGCCAGAGAAGCUGCCAUGUGGGAGCUGGAAGAACGCCACCUACAGGAGAAGCACCAGUUGUUCAAGCAGCAGCUCAAAGACCAGUACUUCAUGCAGAGACACCAACUGCUCAAGAGGCACGAGAAGGAGAUGGAGCAGAUGCAGCGUUAUAACCAGCGUCUGAUCGAGGAGUUGAAGAACAAACAGACCCAGGAGAGGACCCGCCUCCCAAAGAUCCAGCGCAGUGAGGCCAAGACACGCAUGGCCAUGUUCAAGAAGAGCCUGCGCAUCACUGCAGCCACCAUCACUGCUGACCAGGAGAGGGAACGCGUCAAACAGUUUGCAGCUCAGGAAGAGAAGCGUCAGAAGAACGAGCGUCUGCAGCAGCAACAGAAACAUGAGAACCAGAUGAGAGACCUGCAGCUCCAGUGUGAUGCCAACGUCAGAGAACUACAGCAACUACAGAAUGAGAAGUGCCACCUGCUGAUUGAACAUGAAACACAGAAGCUGAAGGAGUUAGACGAAGAGCACAGUCUAGAGCUGAAGGAGUGGAGAGAGAAACUACGGCCAAGGAAGAAGGCCCUGGAGGAGGAGUUUGCUCGGAAGUUGCAGGAGCAGGAAGUGUUCUUCAAAAUGAGCGGAGAGUCCGAGUGCCUUAACCCCUCCACACAGAGCCGCAUCUCCAAAUUCUACCCCAUCCCCAGUGUCCACUCCUCUGGGUCGUAACUCAAACCUCAAUAAUAAUACUACAUAAGUAUACCCUCAAAUACAAAAACACUCAACGGUUUGGACUGCAAAACGGUGCCUGUAUUGCCUUCAUCUAUGGACUAAAUAAUGAAGAAGGACUUGGAGGUGGAAAUUUCCAGUAAUUAUGCCACUAAAAUGAAGACCCUCUUUUCUUAUCUUUCUACAUUUCGAAUUUAAAAACAAAAAUCCAGUGCCUGAUUUGACACUUCUAAUUUGCUGCUUAAUUGCUUUUAUUUAACCUUUGCACUAAGCAUUUUUAUACCACUUAAAUACUCAAUAAAUUGGUAAUAACAAAUAAAUUUUUGAAAAAAAAAAAAACCUACCAGUGAUUUGUAGUUGAAUAUUUAAUAGAAUGUAAACUUUUUAUUGAAGGAAUGCUAUGGAUAAAUAAUGUAUAUGGUGUUAAGAUUUUAGAUCGAAAACAAACAAAAGAGCUAAUUUGUGACUUUAAUGCAACUUUUUAUUUUCAGGGCUUUGAAUAGAAAAGUAAUGCUACUAAUGCGUAAAUACAACUCCAAUAAAAAAAACAAAACAAAAAACGCCUAUGAUACAUGAUUGUUACAAGUUUGUAAAAACAGAUUUUAGUUCAUUUUAAUGUAUACCUUUGUGAUAUAUAUCACAUUUGGAACAAGGAAAGGCACAAAACGCUGAGAAUUUUUAUGGUAGAAAACAUUUAGGUUUGUAAGUGCAACAAAAUACUUAAAAUCAAUUCAAAUGAAUUGUGCUGUAUGCACUGGUAGCAUAUUAUUCCAGGACCAGCCUCACAGCAGAUUAUUUUCAUCAAAUAUUUCGGCAAUCUCUUAGGAAUAGAGGCUGUAUCUUAUAUUAAAUUUAAAUUGAUAUUCAAAGAACCAUAUUUUCCAUGUCAACGUGUUACAACCUGACAUUGUGUUAAGUUUUUUUUUUUCUUGCUGUAUCACAUUUUUGAAUUGGAGUUGUUGUUCUCAUCACUAUAUUUGCUAAACACGUGAAGUGUGUGACGUUUAUAAAGUGUUUACAUUAAGAGACAAAAGGAUCCCUGUUAAUUGGACACAAAGGAAAUCACUGCAGAGCCAAAACAAAUACUGCCACAGCAUUUGAACAAUAGUUAAUCGUGUAGGAGUGCACACUCUUGUAUUAAAUCUUAUUAUGACCGUGUAACUGUUUGUUAGUCAGGGAUGACAGGAUGAAAUGUUCCAAAAUACUGCACUAAAUAUACGCAGUACAUUUUUUUCCAAUUUCAGAUGCCUUUUCAGUUUUGUUCAGUUCAUAAAUGAGCUAUGCCUGUGUGGCUCUGUCAACUGUUUGUUUUACUUUUGGCAUGUUUUAGUUAAGAGCCUUUAAAUGACUUUUUGGAUUACUGUGCUCUGUGGGUGGACCUGCCAUAAAAAAACUUUGUUUACUGGGAUAAUGAAGCACAAAAUACAAUAUACUUUAACUGUAUUGACAGAAUUACUAUUACAUUUUCUGAAAGUAUUUUUUAUUUGGAUUCAUGAAACGAUGUAAAGUCACAUUGAAAACCAUGGACCUGACUGGUUUAGGCCAUGUUCACAUGUCUCAGUCCCUCCCUCCAUUUCACAUUUGUUUUGUACAAAAGUCUGUUAUAUGAAGCAGUGCUGUGCACAUUUUCAAAGUGAUACUGUUGGUAGUAUUUAAAUGAAGUGAUCCACUCCAGCGCCUGUGCUGUAGCUUAUUUUACUGUACGUUUUAGCAGCUUCUGAUCAAUUAUUGCUAUGCUGAUUGAGUAAAAAAGAAUGCCCAAAAUGCAUUUAAAAUCAUUAUUAAAAUGUAUAGAUUUAGAAGAAUUGUAUUAGUUAGAUAAUUUUGUCAUUUGGAUGUAAAUAAACAUUUUCUUCUAUUCCA